AUGGAGAAAACCCCCCGAGGUCCUAAAGAGGAGCCAAAGGACCAAAGGCGGCUGCCCCAGGGGCCUGAGCACUGUGGUGGCGUCCGGGUGAAGGCCGAGGCUCGGGGCUCCACCACACUCCUGGUGAGCUACACGCAUGGCCACGUCCACCUGAGCGCCAGCCUCACCAUCACCGCCUACCUGCCCCUCAGGGCCGUGGACCCGUCCUCCGUAGCUGUGGUCACCCUGGGCUCCUCAAAGGACAUGCUGUUUGAAGGAGGCCCCCGGCCCUGGGUCCUGGAGCCUGCCAAGUUCUUCCGGAACCUCACCUCUGAGGACGGGGACAGCAUCAGCUUGGCCCUCCUUGGCCCGCCCGCCUCCCGGAGUCACCAGCAGCACAGCAUCUGCUCCACCUGCCAGGCCCUGGGCGAGCAGGUCAUCGCCCUCUCCGUGGGGAACCAGGCUGGCCUCACCAACCCUUUCCCCGCCGUGGAGCCUGCCGUGGUGAAGGUCGUCUGCGCCCCGCCAUCCAGGAUCAGCCUCACGCCUGUCCACACCGCUCCCCCGCUGGACCCGUCAUAUCCACGGCUGCAGCACGACAAGCAGGUGGUUCCCGUCUCCAGCCACCGCAACCCCCUGCUGGACCUCGCCGCCUAUGACCAGCAGGGCCGCCAAUUCGACAACUUCAGCUCCCUGGGCGUCCAGUGGGAAUCCACCUGGCCCUUGCUGGCCAGCAUCGAGCUGGACCUGCCCAUGCAGCUGGUGUCCCGGGACGACGGGAGUGGCCAGAGGAAGUUUCACGGAUUGCAAGCCAUUGCUGUCCAUGAGGCAUCAGGGACCAUCUCCAUCUCUGCCACGGUGACCGGCUACCAGCUGUCCCACCUCAGUGCAGCCACAGUGAAGCCACUGCCUGGCCCACCUGCGCCCGUGUCCGCCUCGGUGGAGCUGGUCCUGGUGGAGGACGUGCGUGUGGAUCCGGACAUGGUGACCCUCUACAACCACCCUGAUGUCCAGGCAGAGUUGCACGUCAAGGAGGGCUCCGGCUACUUCUUCCUCAACACGAGCGCUGCCAACGUGGUCAGGGUGGCCUACCAGGAGGCCAGGGGCAUCGCCACGGUGCACCCUUUACUGCCAGGCUCGGCCACCGUCCUGAUCCAUGACCUGUGCCUGCCCUUCCUGGCCCCAGCCGAGGCCACCGUCUACAUCUCAGACAUCCACGAGCUGUAUGUCCGCGUGGUUGACAAGGUGGAGAUUGGAAAGAUGGUCAAGGCCCACGUCCGAGUGCUGGACUUUUACAAGAAGUCUUUCCUGGCCAAGUACUUUGCCUUCAUGGACCUCAAGCUGCGGGCGGCCUCCCAGAUCAUCACCCUGGUGGCCCUGGACGAAGCCCUGGACAGCUGCACGGCUGCGUUCCUGGUCCAUGGCAUGGCCAUCGGCCAGACCAGCCUGACCGCAAGCGUGACCGAUACCGCCGGACAGAGGAUCAGCUCGACCCCGCAGCAGAUUGAAGUAAACCGGCCCUUCUCACGCCCUCUGGGGCUGAUUCCCAGGAGGGUGACGCUGAUCAUCGGGGCCACGAUGCAGGUCACCUCUGAGGGCGGUCCCCAGCUGCAGUCCCACAUCCUCUUCUCCAUCAGCAAUGCCAGCGUGGCCACCGUGGGCAGCACAGGGCUGGUCCGUGGCCUGGCCGUGGGCAGCAGCACCAUGUCGGGCGUCGUGCAAGCGGCGGACGCGGACACUGGCAAGGUCAUCGUGGGCUCCCAGGACCUGGUGGAGCUAGAGGUGGUGCAGCUGCGGGCGGUGAGGAUCCGCGCACCCAUCACGCGCAUGAGGACGGGCACCCAGGCGUCCGUCCAGCUGCCCUCGCAGUACAACUUCGCCAUGAGCCUGCUCGGCCGGGCGAAGGGCCGCACGGGGCUGAGGGUGGUGGUCAAGGCCCUGGACCCCUCAGCGGGACAGCUGCACGGCCUUGCCAAGGAGCUCUCGGACGAGAUCCAGGUCCAGGUUUUCGAGAAGCUGUGGCUGCUGAACCCCGAGAUAGAAGCAGAACAAAUAUUAAUGUCCCCCAACUCGUUUAUCAAGCUCCAGACAAACAGGGACGGUGCCGCGGCUCUUUGCUACCGUGUCCUGGAGGGGCCUGAGAAGGUUCCCGUCGUGCAUGCCGAUGAGAGGGGCUUCCUGGUGUCCGGCUCUGUGAUCGGGACGUCCACUGUCAAAGUGACCGCUCAGGAGCCUUUCGGGGCCAACCAGACCAUCAUCAUUGCCGUGAAGGUGUCCCCCAUCUCCUACCUGAGGAUGUCCAUGAGCCUGGUCCUGCACACCCAGGACAAGGAGGCCCUGGUGGCCCUGCCUCUGGGGAUGACCGUGACCUUCACCGUCCACUUCCAUGACCACUUUGGAGAUGUCUUCCACGCGCACAGUUCGGUCCUCAGCUUUGCCACCAACAGAGAGGACUUCGUGCAGGUCACCAAGGGCACCACCAACAACAUCUGCGUACUGCGCACGGUCAGCGUGGGCCUGACGCUGCUGCGCGUGUGGGACCCCGAGCACCCCGGCCUCUCCGACUACGUGCCGCUGCCCGUCCUGCCGGCCAUCGCUCCAGAGCUGCCCGGCACCGUGGUGGUCGGGGAUGUCCUCUGCCUGGCCACUGCGCUCAUGGGCCCCAAGGGUGCCCCAGGAACCUGGAGCUCUUCAGCCGACAGCAUCCUCCAGGUCGACCCCAAGACGGUGAUGGCCGUGGCCCGGGACGCGGGGUCCGUGACGGUGCACUACGAGAUCGUGGUCAGUGUCCCCCAGAGGAUCGUGGCCCGGCGUGUCCACACAGCCCAGGCCAGCUUCCAGGAGGCCACAGCCUCCAGAGUGACCAUCACCGUGGGAGACAGAAGCUCUAACCUGAGAGGCGAGUGCUCCGCUGCCCAGGGGGCGGCCAUCCCGGCUCUGGGGCCCGAGGCCCUCCUCAGCUGCCAUCUUCGGUUCCAGCAAGACGUCUUCGACCUCCCAGUGACAGACGUGUUCUCGGCCGAGCCGGACUUCGACGUCACACUGGGGCCAGGCCUCUGUCGCUUCUGGGCCCACAGGAGGCUGGCCUUCAGCCACCGCCGCACCCGCAGGACGGUGCAGGGUCAGGAGAGUCAGGGACAGGGUGGGGUGUCAGCGCAGGUAGGGGACAGGGACAAGCAGGACACCCCUGUCUCCGCAGGCCAGUACCUCUGCUCGGUCACCAUGCACAGGCUGACCGACGGGCAGCUGAGGCACUUGAGCUCGAGGAGGACACCCCUGGUGGUCACAGCCUCGGUGGCCGGGGGCCAGACGUCUGUGGAGCAGGUGGGGGCCGAGGUGCCCUUCAGCCCUGGGCUCUACGCUGACCAGACUGAGAUCCUCCUGAGCAACCACCUGUCCAGCCGCGAGGUCAAGGUCUUUGGGGCCGCGGAGAUCCUGGACAGCUUGGAGGUCAGGUCCGGGUCCCCCGCUGUGUUGGCCUUCGCGAAGGAGAAGAACCUGGGGCUGCCCAGUUUCAUCACCUACACGGUCGGCUUCUCGGACCCCAGGGCGGGCAGCCAGGGCCCUCUGUCCACCGCCCUGACCUUCUCCAGCCCUGCCACUAACCAGGCCCUCACCAUCCCGGUGACGGUGGCCCUGGUGCUGGAUCGCUGUGGGGCUGGUCCUUAUGGGGCCGGUCUCUUCCAUCACCUCCUGGACUCCUACCAGGCCCUGUUCUUCUCGCUCUUCACCCUGCUGGCCGGGACGGCCGUCACCGUCAUAGCCUACCACACGGUCUAUGGGCCCCGGGAGCUCACUGGCCCCGUGGUCCUCACGCCCCGAGCCAGCCCUGGGCACAGUCCCCACUAUCCAGCGGCCUCCUCUCCGGCCUCCUUCAAUGCCCUGCCUCCUGGUCGCAGAGGCAGCCCCCGCUCGGGGCUCUGGAGCCCAGCCUACGCCUCCCACUAG